GGAUAUUAAAGCAAUGAAACAGCUUCCAAGCUACAUGAAAAUAAGUUAUGUUGCGCUUUACAACUAUAUCAAUGAAAUGGCUUAUCACAUUCUCAAAGAACAAGAUUUAGACGUCAUAGAACAUCCAAUGAAAAUAUGGGAGGAUAUAGCAGAAGCACAGAUCGUGGAGGCAAGAUGGUUCCACAGUCAGUAUAAACCAACCCUAGAAGAAUACAUGGAAAAUGCAUAUGUAUCGGUUACAGGCCCUGCAAUAUCAACUUUGGCUUACUUGUCUGCUGCAAAUCCAAUUGUGGAAAAGGAAGUAGAAUUCAUUGGGAACCAUCCACCUUUAGUAAAAUUGGCAUCUAUGGCUUUCCGACUUCAAGAUGAUUUGGGAACUGCAACGGUAUACAUAUAAAAUAUCAUUAUCCUUGAACAUUGCU